CACAUUUCCGCUUUGGGUCCUUUUGCGUGGUGCAGUCACGGUUGUGCAACAGUGUCUCCCUGUUACAAACCCGAUCCUUCCUGUAACGGAACCGGGUUGAGUGUUGCUGCUGUUACAUCACCAUUUUCCAUGCUCUUCGAUACCACAACAUCAUGACAAUGCAGCGCACAAAGGCCAUCUUGGGUGUCAUCUGGAUAUCAUGUGGAGUGUCAGCCGUGCUCAUGAUUGCUGCUCUGUCCACCAGCGGCGGAGGGAAGUGUCGGCGUCAGCGGUGGUGGGGCAGCAGCAUGAGAGGGUCCCUAACUCUCACCAUCAUGUUUGGGGUAUUUGUGGUGUGUUGGACACCGUUUUUCCUCCACCUCAUCAUCAUCAUGGUGUGCCCCAUGAACCCGUACUGUGAGUGUUACCGUUCGCUGUUCCAACUGCACGUGGUGCUGCUGAUGAGCCACGCCCUCAUCGACCCAGCCAUCUAUGCCUUCCGCAGUGCUGAGCUCAGGCACACCUUCAGGAAGAUGCUGCUUUGUUCAGAUUGGAACUGGUGCUCAUAGCAAAAUUUUGUUUAUUGUACCCUUUUUAUCCACAAAGAGUGCACAGUUGCCCUUUACCUGUUGAUUGCUGUUGGGAAUUCGUAGGUGUACAGAUUCAAUCAUUGGCAAAUUAUCAAAGAUGUUUUAUCAAUAUUAAUAAAGUUAUGAAUAUGG